AUGCAAUCGCUCUGGGGUCGUGGCGGGGUGGAAGUGAAUUGGGAGCAAGAGAUAUCAAACAAAUCCAAAGUACCGGAUGAUAUUCUUGCUUUUACGGGCCAGCUAUGGUCAGCAGAAUAUGCAACAAGUCUAAUCCGAGGCGCCAUCCGCGAAGUACUGGAGACGGCCUUGAGGCAGCUGCGUGUUGAAUCUUUCGAUGACUUCAUGGACAACUCAUUUGAGUGGCUCGUUCCCGGAACGCCUGCAGGGAUGCAGUCCGCUUUCAGCCAGACAGAUCUGAAAACGUUUUUGAAAUCUAAAUACGGCAUCAUUCCUCGCUCGACAAAGCGCUCGGUGAUGGAGGCUAUAAGUCGCGAUAAAAUCUUGCAGCAGCUGUCCUCGCGGCCACAGAUAGUUGCAAAGCUGCAUCAGAAGCUUAAUGAGACCGGCGGCAAGGCGCGCGCUAUAUACGGGGUUACGAUAUGGCAUUACAUUUUUUCAAACUGGUUAAUGGCACCGUUUGAGAAGGCGCUUACACACUCUGCUAUCGACAUCAAUUUGCCAAAUGCCGAUUUCGUUAACCUGGAAGUUCGUCGCGCGCAGCAAGCGCUAAGAGGUGCUUGUUUCUCAUCCUAUGACUAUCCCGACUUCAAUUCUAUGCACACACACUAUCACAUGGCCAUCAUAUACGAGGAAGCCGCAGCCAUUUUUCGCAGAUCGACAUGCUAUGGCGCAAUGGGGCAGCAUGAAAGAGAUUUAGUGUGUCGAGGUUAUAAAUGGUUGGAGGACUCUGUAUUUACGCAGGUCUGUUUUCUUCCCGAAUCAGACGAGUUUAUUCAUACAGUCGGUGGGUUGUACAGCGGCAAUCGUGACACUACGCUAAUCAAUACCGUCCUCAAUAUUGCCUACGCGAAAGUGGUGGACAUGUCCUGCCAAAAUAUGGCAUUGAACCCCUCAGUUCAAUGGCGUUUAUGCCAUGGAGAUGACAUUAUAACUAUACACGGCAGUUAUGGAGCAGCAAUUGGCUGGAAUGCUGUAGCAGAGCGUGCUAAACUUAAAGGCCAAGAGAAGAAGCUCCUGGCUGAUAGGGGCUAUCACGAAUACUUACGAAUCUUGGGCUGCCCCGAUGGCAAAAUCAGAGGAUCGCUCGCGCGAGUUGUGGCCAGCUUUGUCAACGGCAAUUGGGAAACCGAACCCUCGUUUGGGGCAAAUAGUCGGGUAACAGAGAUACUGUCAGCAGUAGAUGUCUUGCGCCGCAGAGGAAUGCGUGAGGAGUUCGCAACUAAGCUAUUGCAGCUAUGCAAGCAGCGACUCGCUGAAAAUCUUGCUGACCAUAAAAACGACGCCGAGUCAACCAAACGCGCGGUUCUUAGUAUCCCAAUCCCUCUCAAGCGGGGAGGACUUGCCAAGUCGGCCAGCAAUCCAGCCAGGCAAGCAGAAGCAAACACAAUGUCGCUUACAAUAUACGCAGAGAACAAGCGGCGUGAGAGGCUGGACAUUGAACGCAGGUUUAAGAGCUUGCCUGCCAACGUGACUGACCCGUACAUGGGGCGACUCGUCGCGUCACUUCCGCCGGCACUUCAGUAUCAAGAAGGGAUGCAUGCCAGACUCAAGGCGGCGCUGCAACGGUCCACGUACGGGUCUGAAUUUCCCAGAAGGCUUCAGAUUGAAUUGAAGCAAACGCCUCAGUUGGUGGCCCUGCGCAGGAGGAUGGAAGAAGCAGCGGAAAAGAGAGGUCUGUUUGAGAAACACGUCCUGGUCACAGACAUUGGACGGCACAUGCAAAAACACAAACUCUUUGCGACGACAAUGCGGCGCAUCAAGGCAUUUUACACAGUUCUGUCUUCUCUUGACAAUCUCGGCGGCUACAGAAAAUCGCAGCUUGUGUCGUAUCUGGUGGGAAUGCCGGAGGCCACGGUCACGAGCGCGUUGUUGGUGGACGGCGCACUCGCCGCAGACUGGAGGCGAGCUGGGCGGCCGUCGGCAGCCGAGGUCGGAGCGUUGGAGAACGAGCUCGAAGUGUAUCUAAGUGGAGGUGCAAACCUUCAUAUUGAUGAGGAAGUGGUUGUGUUCGCUGAUAACGGCCUGGGGGAAAUUGUCCCAGUAAGAUCACUGAUGCUGUAUUGA